CUGUCCCCGCCGCAGCGUGGUCAGUGCGCAGCCCCAGCGCCCGCCCAGCGCGAGCCGGAGCCCGAGCCCGAGGCGGAUCGCAGCGCACACCGAACCGAAUCCAGCGCCGCGGCCAGAAAAGAGAAACUGAGGCAGAGGACAAAGAGGCUAGAUACCUGUGUCUAAGAGGGGCCAUGCUGCUUCUCCUGUUCAGCCUGCUGGCACCAGCUGCCAGCUGGGCCCUGGGCCCUGCCCCAGGGCCCGGCUCCUCGGGGCUGCGCUCGGCCUUCUCGGCGGCUCGCACCACGCCGCUGGAGGGCACAUCGGAGAUGGCAGUGACCUUCGACAAGGUGCUGGUGAACAUCGGCGGCGACUUCGAUGCGGCCACAGGGCGCUUCCGCUGCCGGGUACCGGGGGCCUACUUCUUCUCCUUCACAGCGGGCAAGGCCCCGCACAAGAGCCUGUCGGUGAUGCUGGUGCGCAACCGCGACGAGGUGCAGGCGCUGGCCUUCGACGAGCAGCGGCGGCCCGGCACGCGGCGCGCCGCCAGCCAGAGCGCUAUGCUGCAGCUCGACUACGGCGACACGGUGUGGCUGCGGCUGCACGGCGCCCCGCAGUACGCGCUGGGCUCUCCGGGUGCCACCUUCAGCGGCUACCUGGUGUACGCCGACGCCGACACCCUGGCUUCGGAGCCGCGCUCGGCCUUCUCGGCGGCGCGCACGCGCAGCCUGGUGGGUGCCGACGCGGGCCCGGAGCCUCGACACCGGCCACUCGCCUUUGACACCGAGCUCGUCAACAUCGGUGGCGACUUCGACGCGGCGGCCGGUGUGUUCCGCUGCCGCCUGCCCGGCGCCUACUUCUUCUCCUUCACGCUGGGUAAGAUGCCGCGCAAGACGCUGUCGGUGAAGCUGAUGAAAAACCGCGACGAGGUGCAGGCCAUGAUCUACGACGACGGCGCAUCGCGUCGCCGCGAGAUGCAGAGCCAGAGCGUGAUGCUGCCCCUGCGGCGCGGUGACGCCGUGUGGCUGCUCAGCCACGACCACGAUGGCUACGGCGCCUACAGCAACCACGGCAAGUACAUCACCUUCUCCGGCUUCCUGGUGUACCCCGACCUCACCGCUGAUGGCGACCUGGAGCUCUGAGGCCGGCCCAGGAGGGGACAGGGGCCGGGGACGGGCCGGAUGCGGGGCGUGCAUGCAAGCCGGGCCGCCCGGACACCCCGCGCUGGACUCCGCCAAUAAAGUGCACGUGCGCCGUCUC